UCUGGGUCCCUCUCUUGUACAGAGCUGCUCAAGACCCUCCUACCGGCUGGGCUCGGGAAGGAGGAGGCAGUUUGCUCUACUCGCAAAGCCUUGGACGAGCCCCCUUUACCGCCCUGUCAGUGUGUAGGAGAAGGAGAGAGAGAGAGAGAGAGAGGCUGAGUGAUAGAGAAUACACACGAGAGAGAGAGUCACUGUGCGAUAGAGGGAAAGAGAACGAGGCAGGCUGCUUAGAGGAGCGAGAGUGCCAAGGACGGAAUAAGGAACACAUUUUACAAGAGCAGGAAGAGGGAGGAUCGCAGACGAGGGACUCCUUCUCUACUGGGCACCUGGGACACAGUCACUGCUUUUUUUUCACUCGUCUUCUAUCUCGUACCUAGUGGACUAACCAACCGGUGGAUUUUUUUUAAUACACGCUUUUGCCACAUCAUUCAGGAGCUGGGAUAAUUAUCUGCCCUCUUGCCGACUCUACUGCUUCAGACUGAGAUUGUUCUCUGGUUCUGUCUUCGACUUGUGUUUGUGAUUCUGCUGCUGUGCAACACAAAGUGCAUCCGUCGGCCACCGGUGCUGAGGAUAUCUCCCCCUCUGUCAAACAGGACAGCACGCAGCCACCGUCGAAUCAGACUACAGAGGAGAGAGAGAGAGAGAGAGAGCGAGAGAGAGAGACAGUGUGUGUAAAGAGAGAGAGGGGCAGUGAGACAGAGUCAGAUUCAGUUGAGAGAGAGGCAGAUUAAAGCCCAGGCGAAAGACUGGACCUGAAACAGCUCUAAAUAGAGGAGUGAACCUACACAUCCUCUCCCGUUUUUCCUUGCCAUCCCUUUCCUUCUUCCUCCUCUCCUCCUCCUCCUCUUCCUCUCCCGUUUCCAACAUUCACAGGACUGCCAGAGCAACUGCCACCUGCACCUCUUCUCUUCUCUCUUCUUCUUCUACCUCACCCUUAUCACGCAUUACUAUCAGAUACCGGCAGCCACACAGAAAAAGCUGCUUUUGGUUCCAGCACUUGUGGAAAUAUUCCCAUUGAUCCAGCAUUAUCCACCUGAUAUUGAGACUCUGGAACCAGUGAGCUAUCCCCGUCAGAGGAAGACUUACUCCCAGCGGCUGUCCAGAACGCACACCCUGCCUUCUCCCUGGAGAUCCGACUAGCGACACAUCAGUGCGGACAGCCAAGACAAGGAAUCACACAGCCCCCGCCGCUGCCUCUAUCCCAUCGCUAGCUACUUGGCAGCUCCCGCCCCUGUGUCACCAUUCCCUGCCUCAGUGCUAAAGAUUCCAGCUACAUGGGCAAGCGAUUGGAGCAGCAGCCAAUGUACCCUCAGUACACCUACUACUACCCCCACUAUCUCCAGACCAAGCAGCCCUAUGCUCCUCCCCCUCACCCCAUGGCUCCUCCCAGCCCGAGCACCAACAGCUGCAGCCAGGGAGGGGCAGAGCAGCUGAGUAAGACCAACCUGUAUAUCCGAGGCCUGCCACCUGGGACCACCGACCAGGACCUCAUCAAACUCUGCCAACCGUAUGGGAAAAUAGUGUCAACCAAGGCCAUACUGGAUAAAAACACCAACCAGUGCAAAGGCUAUGGCUUUGUGGAUUUUGACAGCCCAGCUGCAGCACAGAAGGCUGUGUCGUCUCUCAAAGCCACCGGGGUGCAGGCCCAAAUGGCCAAGCAACAAGAGCAGGACCCCACCAACCUGUACAUCUCCAACCUGCCGGUGUCUAUGGACGAGCAGGAGCUGGAGAACAUGCUGAAGCCUCUGGGUCACGUGAUCUCCACGCGGAUACUGAGGGAUGCCAACGGGGUCAGCAGAGGAGUCGGCUUUGCGAGGAUGGAGUCCACAGAGAAGUGUGAAGUAGUGAUACAGCAUUUCAACGGGAAAUACCUGAAAACCCCGCCAGGCAUUCCAGCUCCCACGGAGCCUUUGCUGUGCAAAUUUGCCGACGGAGGGCAGAAAAAACGCCAGAGUCAGAGCAAGUACCCUCAGAACGGAAGGCCAUGGCACAGAGAAGGCGAGAGCGGCAUGGCGUUAUAUGAUCCGGCUGCAAUGCAGAACGGGUUCUACUCCUCGCCUUACAGCAUCGCCACCAAUCGCAUGAUCGCACAGACCUCCAUCACGCCCUUCAUCGCUGCUUCCCCCGUCUCCACAUAUCAGGUCCAGAGUACGUCAUGGAUGCCUCAUCAACAAUAUGUUAUGCAACCUACAGGUGCAGUGAUCACGCCAGCCAUGGACCACACUAUGUCCAUGCAGCCUGCCAGCAUGAUGGGCCCUAUCACCCAGCAGAUGAACCAUCUGUCCCUGGGCACUACAGGAAGUUACAUGACUGCUGCAGCUGCCGCGGCGCCUAUGCAAGGGACCUACAUUCCCCAGUACACUCCUGUGCCUCCAACAGCCGUCCCUGUCGAAGGAGUGGUGACGGACGCCUCCCCACAGAGCGUGGCUCCCUCGUCACAGGAGGUGGGCGGCCAGCAGCAACAGAUCCAGGUGGACAGCUCUGCCGACCAUGUUCCUGCUUACUCAUACACGUCCAAAUAGCAACGGCCUGAGCGAAUGUUCCUGUGACAGCGUUGCCUUGAGACAGAAGGUGGCUGCACUGUGAAUGUGAGGAAAAGAGAGAAGAAAGAGAUUGCUUCCAGAUUGCCCAGGCACCAAAAAAGAGACACUUUUUUUCAUUUCCUACCUGGCUUGUGAGAAAAAAAAAAAAAAAACGCAAGAAGGAGGUAAAAAAGGUGCUGAAGAAGGGAAUGGAGAAAAUUGCUGGGCACAGUGCAAAGAAGUGAAAUUGUUUAGUCUGCCCUGAAGGGCUGGGCUACAGCUUGAAAAGUUUCUCAAAGGAAAAUCUCGACUAAUUAAAAAAAAAAGAUGAAAAAAGAAGUAAAACUGACAAAAAAAAGGUUGAAUGCAAAGGUAGGUGAUGAAGUUUAUUUUGUAAUUAGAAAAGGGGAGUCAAGUUUGAGAUACACACAGAGAUUGUCUUCCUCAGAUAUUAAGCUACAAUUUCUUUUCACUCUUUUUUAUGUUCUAGUGUUAAAUUUUAGUUUUCUAGAUAUAUUCAAAAAUAGAGUGUUUUUUUUUCUUUUCUUGAAUCUUCAUGGCCUUAAUUUGAAGGGCGCCGGAAACUUUUUACAGAGUUUAAGUCUGACAUCUGGUUAGGGAAAAAAAAAAAAAUCUAAAUCAGUCUCUUGGACCCCCUGGAGGGUUCAAGACACUAGAUGAGUUGUUCUAAAGAGGAGAAAAAGAAUCUAUCACAUAAGCUGUACAGAUUUAAUAGAGAAGAGCUUUUUGUUGUUUCUUCAUUAGAAGAAAAAUUUGAUAAUUAUUAUGUCAGAGGUAACUAAGUGUCAGAAGAAAACAAAAUGUCUGUUUGGGGAAAAAAAGACUCAUG